AUGAGCCAAUUUCAUCGACUUCCGGGAGUGAAUGAUGAAAUGAUUCAGAUGUUGGAAGAAACUAAGUUACAGGUGUAUAGAAGAAAAAAGCUAAUGUUAGGAUUGAUGGGGGAAGAUAUGGUUGGAAUAAAUUUAGGAGAACAGGUUGAGAAUGCUGCAGAAGAUGCUGACAUUGAAGUGAGGGAAAAAUGUAUCCCUAAAAAGGCAAAGAUAUUCCAUUCCUCGUAUAUUGAAAGAAUUGUUAAGGUUGGGGAUAAACUGAGUAAGUAUGAAUCAGGAAUUUGCAAUUCAAUUUUUGCAUCUAAUAGAGAUGAUGGAGUAAUUGACUGUUGGGCUGGGUUUUUAAAUAAAAUGGAGAACUACAAGGAUGAAUCAUCGCUGUCAAGAUUUUUCUUCGAUACAACUAUUGUGACAGAAGAGAUUCUAAAAGAAUUAAAAACGGAAGAUCUGAAAUGUAGGCUUUUUGCUACUCUGUUGCAAAUCUACAUUAAGAAAUUUGAUGUGAAGCCAAGUUUCAGAGAUGUUGCACUUAUACUUGAUGAUGCAAAGUAUUACCUACUAGUCUUUGAUCUAAGAUCAAGUUCUUACUACAUAGUGGAUCAUGUUAAGAGAACAGGAAUCUUAGAUAGGAAAUAUGGAAUGAUACCAAAUUUGGUGAAAAAACUAUUCUGCAACUACUUAACAUCACAACAUCAUCCAAUGGCAAAAGCCUUAUGUUUUAAGGUGGGGCGGGUGAUGAACAUAUCUUGGCAGGUAGAACAGGUUGGAACAGAUUGUGGAAUCUACCUAAUGAGGCAUAUGGAAAGUUACAUGGGUGGAAGUGAAGGGCGUUGGGAGUGUGGGCUUAUAGAUAAAAAGGCGGGUGAUUUGACUGUUAUACUUAAGUUAAGAAUGAAAUACAUGGCAAGAUUGUUGACAGCUGACUUCAACAAGUGUAAGAGUAUAAUAGUUACAGAUUUUGAAGCGUUUCGUAAGCUGGAUAUUUUGGAACAAACAAUGAUUCUACAACAGUCAGCUGAAAAUAGGAAGAAAAAGAGAAAAACGAGGGGUCGUCACUAA